AUGGCGUUUCCUCAGCCCAACGCUCAAAGAGAACUCACAAAUAGAAAGAUAUUGGAAGAGUUGCAACUGAAAAAGCAAAUGCUGUUAAAGCAGGCCGUCGCCCCGCUGACCGCCACAUCCAUUUCGCUCAGCCAGCCGAGCCCUGUCAAUCAGCUGCCUAUGUGCUCCAUUCCACCAGUUUCUGCUACUGCUGGAUUUCCACAAUUACCUGAAGCAAAUAUAGUUAACACAAGCCAUCGAGCUGCUUUACAGCACGCGAACGCCACAUCCUGUGGCUUCUUUGUCUCCCAAGACUCCUCAUUCGGUAACCAGAUCCUGCCUGUGUUGCCCAGGUUUGAUAACAAGUAA